CAACUUACCCACAGCAAUGCUUCGUUAACUCUGCUGUGGGCGGUCCCUACUCCACACGCUAAAUUACAUCCUGCACCAGGUAGAUGGCGCUGUCCCCAUUUAUGCAGUAAUUUUACAUUUGCACUCCGUUACACUUGCCAUACAUUUCGUCAAGCGAAGAGAAUUGAAACAGUAGGGGAGCAGCAAACACUGCGUACCUGCUCUGUCAAUCGGAAUAAGUACAACUGUUAAAAAUAUUAAGUCGAAAGUAAAAACGUUUGAAUUCGCGGCGGUUUCCAGCAACUUCUCUCAUAACGGGCAGCUGAAGUUGGCGUGAGCGUCAAAUAUGGAAUGUACUGUGGAUCAUUACACUGCAGGAAUGCUGCUCAGCGGUGUAGGAGAUGCUCUGGGUUACAGGAAUCAACUGUGGGAAUACAACCAAUCUGGCCCUGCCAUCCACCAGGAACUGCAAGAGCUAGGGGGGCUGAAAAACAUCUCUGUGGAGCUUCCUGAUUGGCCAGUUAGUGAUGACACUGUGCUUCACUUGGCAACCGCUGAGGCCCUAGCAACAGGAAAAGCAGGCUUGGAGCUACUGCAUGAGGUUGCUUUCCGAUACGUGGAGGGAAUGAAGGACAUGGAAGGGAGGAAGCCAGGACCUUCAAGUAUUCUAGGUAUUGCACAGUUGCGCCCAGGCACUGAAGGGGGUUACAGGGUGCCGUAUAACCAAGCCACAGGUUGUGGGGCAGCCAUGAGGUCCAUGUGCAUUGGCCUUAGAUAUCCUUAUCCUGAUCAGCUGUCCUCACUGGUUGAGGUUGCUGUGGAGACUGGAAGAAUGACUCAUCCUCAUCCAACCGGUUUCCUUGGGGCUGUUGCUUCAGCCUUGUUCACCACUUAUGCAGUCCAGCGAAGACCAAUCACAACCUGGGGUCUGGGUUUAUUGGAGGAAGCUUGUCCUGUUGCAAAAACAUUUGUUACGUCUGCAGGAUAUGCUGUUAUGGAGACUGAGAGAGACUGGGACUACUUUACUGAAAAAUGGAAAUGGUAUUUGGAUCUAAGAGGACUAUCUUUGGGGGCUGGGCCAGUUAUUUGGCCUGACCAGUAUGGGCCAGCAGAACGAGAUGAGGCCUACAAGAGGUUCAGUCUGUCAGGUUGGGCUGGUCGAAGUGGUCAUGAUGCUCCAAUGAUAGCUCUGGAUGCCCUCUUAGGAGCAGGCUUGAACUGGGAGGAACUCAUGAGUCGAGCAGGAUUUCAUGGAGGAGACAGUGACAGUACUGCAGUGAUCGCCUGCUGCUGUUGGGGUCUGCUGUAUGGAAUGGACAGAGUUCCAUGGUGUAACUAUAGAAACCUGGAGUACAGAGAACGACUGGAGACUGUGGCUCAAAAUCUGUAUACCCUUUCUCACUGAUGAAGCAAAACUGUAAACAGAGAAAAUACACAAAAUAAAUAAGUAAUAUAAGAA